UCAGAGUACAUUUAAUAAUUAUCUGGUUUUGAAAACAAGCCAAAAAAACCCCUAAAACCACCAACACAGCAUUUCACUGUUAAUAUCUGUGUAGCACUGGGUACUCUGUUAGGAGUAUUAUCCUGUGUGUUAAUACAUGGCACGUAGGCACCCUAAGAAGGCCUUGCUAUAGCUGUGACUUCUCUUCCCUUUUUGGUCUCGCCAAUGAAUUUAUCUCACUGGGAAGUCUUGUUAAUUGCCAUAUACUUUGGUAUCUGGAGAAGAGUCUCAUUUAUUCUGACUUUAUGUGCAUCAACAUAGCUGACUGAUGGAUUUAUACCUUUUAACUAUUCAAGAGCAGAAUCAGACACUUUACAUAGCAAUGCAAAAUAUUAAAAAUAUCUGAAAAGCUAAACAAUACUGGGCUCAUAACGUGGACAUGUACAAGUUCUGAUAGUGUCCUGGUUAUGUAAAGGAAAUGAAAGAAUUCAAGGUAAGCAGUUAAAACAUUUGUGUUGUUUAUAUAUAUUAUAAAUAUACAUUUUAGGUAUUUUUUAAUUAUAUAAGAAUAUAUUUCUGUUCUUACCUCUUAGUCAACAGUAGAGCAGGGUCUCAGCAUUGUUUCUGUGUGCAUCUGUUCAGAUUUUUUUGGAGGUUCUCCAUGCUUACUUAGGUUGCACUGGCAAAAGAAGUUGCAAUGAGUAUUUAUCAUCAUUAAAUGGUUUCCUUGAUCUUGUGUCCAAAGAUGAGAUGCAUGUAGUGCCUGAGUUAACUUACAGUUUUAGAGUUCUAUAAAUGCAAGUGAAUCAUGGGGCGCAGAAGAGUUCACAGUGUACAAUUUCAUUUCAUGAGAACAAUUAAAGUUAAGUUGGAAGUUUGUUCUUUCACUUUGUUAUAUUCCCUUGCUGUCUGUUCAUUUUGAUAAAGAUAGGAACUAAUUGGUUAAAACUAAAACAGGAUGGAGAUAUUGCAUCAGUGGUACGUAUCGAGCUUCUACAUCCCGUGCUUGUGAUUUAACUUGCUGGGUACAGCUAUUCUCAGUGUCAGUCAGGUUAUUCUGCUCUCGCAUCACUGCUCUCUGUGGUGCUGAGCCUCCUGUUUCUCUGUCCAAUUUCAAGGUACUGAAUCUAGUCAAAUAAGUACUGUAAGUGGCUGCCGUUGAAUCUAUAAAGCUUUGCAUCCUAGCAGCUUCAGAGGGAGAGAUGAGUGUUUGGUGAUGUAAUAUGGCAGGAUCUGCAACUAGUUAAACACUAAACCUCAGAAUUGUUUUAAUUUAUGUGCAUAUGUUAUCAGAUUUUGUUAAUGUAGCCCUUGAGACUAAGUUGGCAAAUAAUUUAUUUUCUUAAUGAGAGUUGUUGAAUCAAUGAGGGCACAGAUAAUCAUCUUAUACUGUUCAGACCUUGUGUUACAUUUGAUGAGAUUUUAGAGAAGUCAUGUGUAAUACUUUCCUGUGGGUCGAGUCUGCUUAUGUUACAGUUGUACAAGGUCAGACCUUAAUUUAUCUAGCAACUGCGUAUUUAAUUUUAGAAGUAUCACAGGACACAUCAGAUUGUGGGGCACCAUUCCUGGCGGUUCAAAAUGCAGGCCCCAGAGUAACAGUGGCAAGAUAAUGGGUUGAAAAGGUGAGAAUAUAUUAUAUGCUCGCCAAUUAAGACUAACAGAGAAAUAGUUUAAAACUGUAAUAUUUAAUAGACUUGAGUCCAAAUUUAGACUGCUAUUAAUUAUUUUUUUUUGCUAUGAAUAAGCUGUUUGCAUGUCUAAGGGCCUUCUAUUUAUAGAGAGCAAAGCUAGGAUUGUCUAGUUUAUUUUAAGGAUAAGAAAUCAGAAUAACAUUAACACUCACAUAACCUUAACUUUAUAUCUAUGUGUUUAAAAGCAAUGAAUGCUUGAUACACUUCUUUGAAAAAUGCAACUUCCAUGAUUAACAAGUACCUCAGGUUUUUUCAAUUAAGAAACUUAAUUAAGAGAGCAAAACUUUUUUUUAAGGAAAACAGCAAGAAGUAAUGUCUAGUUUUUAGUCAGAAAUGGAAAAAAUACCAGAAAAAUAUCAGACUAUUUAGAAUGUUGUUUAAGGAAAAUAUUCUUGGUAAUACAAAAAGUAAAACUGGCUUAGAUUAAACAUCUGCCAUUGUUUCUAGUGAUCUAGUGCCUGGGUCUGGUAAAUGUGAAACUUUCCUAGGUGAAUGGAAGAAGAUUUUGCUGCUGAGCUUUUCAGCCUUUUCAUUGUCACAUCAGGUAAUGUGGCAGAAAUGUCUGCUGCUGAUGUUCAGUGUACCAGCCGUGCUAUUAUAUUCCUCUGUGAUCCUAGUGGAACAUCUGUGCUUCAGUUAGACCUUGUCACUUCAGCACAGCAUAUUACAAGCAGUGAUACAGCAAAUCAGGCUCUCAAAGCAUGUAUAGACCCCUGGCAGUGUGUCCAGCACUUGUGCUGUGGUGAGCUGUUUGCCUUAUACUUACUCUGCCAUGUCACUGCCACUUGCUACCUGACUGACUUUCUCAUUCUAUAGUAUAUUUUUAAUUUCUGUGGGAUAAGAUAAUUUGAAAACAAUACACCCGACAAUUCUGAAACACUGCUCGUCUGAGACCUUUCUGGUUAAGUGUGUAUUCAGGCAGAGCUCUGUGUUGCCUGGAGGCAUGGUCAGUCUGGGGAAGUAGGAGAUUGCUGACCAAAUGGGUAUGGAUGUUGUAUGACUGGAAAAAAGAAAGCAAGUUUCUAUGUUGACCUGGAAACUGAUUUCCUCCUGUAAUCUGGAGAUAAAUGUGAGGUAGAAAGGCAAUAUUUUUUUUCUGAAAAUAAAAGGAUUUUCUUAUUAAAUUACUAUUCUGCAAGAUGCUCUGUGCUCUUAACUCUACUUGGAGUCAGUGACGUUGUAGGGUAUUGAUCACCUUACAGGACUAAACCAUAAGUGAACAUCUUCAUAAAGAUUCUGUAAUACACCAGAAGAGCCUUUUUUUCAGAGACUUUGCAAUGUGAGGGUCUAAUCUAAGGCCCAUAUUAGUCUUCAGGAGUCUUUUUGGUUCAGGCUCAAAGAUAAAUAUAAUAUGAUUGUCUGUACUAUAAUUUUCAGUUUCAGUUCUCCUAAGGACAGCAAUGUCAGUAGGGCAUGCAGAGCAUGAAGAUCCACUCAUGUGGAUCUGGUAGGGUGAGCAUGAUUCUUUAAAAAGAUGCUUCAGAAAUUUCAGCAAUGGCAUGAAUUCUUCAAAUGGAGGGUUUCAAAACAAAAGGUGUGAAGAAAGGGAAGAUAGCUUGUGUUUGCCUUUAAGCUGUUGUGGAAGAAAUACGAGAUUAAGGAUUUUACAUUUUUUCUUAGUAAAUUCCUUAAUUUCUUUAUUCCCAAAUUUCCUUAAUAAAUUUUCUUAUGUAAAUUAACUGUUUGGUCUCAUUUGGAGCACCUCCCAGCUACCAGUGAAAUAUUUAAUUUAUUCUAAAAUGUCCUGUACUUUUAGCUGAUGGUAGGAGAUGUUGUAGAUUAAUUUAUUUAGAUACACUUCUAUAACUGCUAGUCUAAGAGAGAUUUUAUCUUUGCUGUCUAAAAGGUUUGUCAGUCUUCAGAACAGUGUGUAUUUGUGGGUUAAAUGAUGGAAGCCUUAAGGUGCCAUGAGAAUUAGAGAAGUGUUUAUGAAAAUGUGUAGAUAAAUGCUCAAAAGAACCUUGACUCAGAAUUCUUGUGCCUGUCAGUGAAGUGCAUUACCAGCAAGAGAUGAAGAAAAGAGGCUCAGUUUCAUGGCCUUACUGAUGAUGGGAAUUUUACAUUAUGGUUUAGAAGAAACUUGUGGCAGCAUUUAGAAAAAGAUGGUCAGGUGCUUUGUUUUGUGUAGCUUUUUGAAGUUGCUGCUUUGUAGUACACCUUGGGAAUUUGACAUGGGAUAUCUUCCUUUCUGCAUAAAGCAAACAUUAAAAAAAACCCAAAACAAAACACAAUUUCUUACUAUUUUUUUUUUUCCUGCAACAAAUUUGCUAGGCUUUCAUAAGCUUGUUUGGAUCCUAAGAGUUUCAGAACAUUGUUACCAUUGUUUUUUAGAAUUCUAGAGAAGUUCAUAUUGUCCAUCCUGUUCAACAGGAUGUCAGUCAGUCAUCAUUCUCUGUAAUUUCAGAAAUCUUUUUUGUAUGAGAAGUUACACCUAAACUUCAGUAUGCCAGCAGAUAACUGUGAGGACUUCUAUAUGUUGUGCAGCAGAUUUAACAUCAGGUAGCAUGUGUAAGAUUUUGGUAGGUGUGUCUGCAUUGUGCUGACCAGUUCAUCAGUCUGACUUGUGUGUGAAAUCAUUUGGACUGUUAUGCUGAAGCCUUCACAAAAGGAAGGAACAGAGAGACCUUCAGAAAAGCAUUGUCUUUUAUGAAUAACAUGAAUGUCUAUUCUUCUAAGUCCCAAAAGAAAAUGUGUCCAUUAAUAUUUUUUUUAUUAUUAUUUGUGGAAGAUUUUUACAAUUAGAGGUGGCAGUUCAAGACCAGAGUUGUAUAUUUUUUCCUUUGAAGAAAAUGGGACUGAAGUGGAAAUUUUUGUCCAGUUUCCUUCAGAUUGUCCAUCCUUGCGGUUAAAAACCUGGGCUGCAGUUCCAGCACAUAUUGAAAGAGCUCAUCAUUAUAGCUCACUGUAAAAAAUGGAUGAAAGAGAAGAUUUGGAUGAAGAUCUCACUGAGUAUGCCAUACAGCUUAGCAUUCAAAAAUCAAAUGGGGCCAAACCACCAGUGUCUUCCAGCUAUAAUGACAGUUUUGUACCACCUAGUGAGGAAAAUAGGAAAAUUGUAGCAUCCAUAAAGCAAGGUCAAGUAUUUGGGCUCCAAGAACUUGUGAAACAGAAAUAUGCUUUGGAUGAAGCUGAUGAAAGAGGGUGGUUUCCACUGCAUGAGGCUGCAGCUCAGCCAAUUCAGCAAAUACUUGAAAUCAUUUUAGACGCAUCUUAUAAAACAAUGUGGGAAUACAAAACAUGUGAUGGAGAAACACCAUUAACUUUGGCAGCAAAAACUGGCUUUGUGGAAAAUGUAAGAACGUUGCUGGAAAAGGGUGUUUGGCCCAAUACCACAAAUGACAAAGGAGAAACUCCACUUCUCAUCGCUGUAAGAAGGGGCUCUUUUGAAAUGGUAUCCACUCUGAUUAAACACAACUGUAGUAUUCACCAGCCGUGCGUAAAACGUUGGUCAGCAAUGCAUGAAGCUGCAAAACAGGGACGCAAAGACAUUGUUGCUCUUCUUCUGAAGAAUGGUGGAAAUGUGAACCUUAGGGAUGGAUAUGGAGUAACGCCAUUAGGUGUUGCUGCUGAAUAUGGUCACUGUGAUGUCCUGGAGCAUCUUAUUCAUAAAGGUGGAGAUGUCCAGGCCUUAGCAGAUGAUGGUGCAUCAGUACUGUUUGAAGCAGCCGGAGGUGGUAAUCCAGACUGUAUAGCCCUUCUUUUGGAAUAUGGAGGAAGUGGCAAUGUGCCUACUAAGGCAGGACUGCUUCCCAUACACAAAGCAGCUUAUGAAGGUCAUUACUUGGCCCUGAAGUAUCUCAUUCCGGUCACGUCCCAAACCUCAAUCCAGAAAAGUGGGUUAAGCCCUGUUCACUCUGCAGCAGAUGGCCAGAACUCGCAGUGUCUAGAGCUCCUCAUUGAAAAUGGUUUUGAUGUCAAUACUCUCUUGGCUGAACAUAUUUCAAAUAGUUAUGAUGAUGAAAGGAAAACAGCACUUUAUUUUGCUGUUUCUAACAAUGACAUUCUUUGCACUGAAAUAUUGCUCAAAGCAGGGUCAAAUCCAAACAAGGAUCCUUUAAACUGUCUUCUUGUGGCAGUGAGAGCUGGCAACCAUGAAGUUGUAAGGCUGCUUCUGUCUUACGGAGCAAACGUCAAUUGCUACUUCAUGUUGGUUAAUGAUACGCAUUUCCCCAGCGCCAUUCAGUAUGCUUUGAAUGAUGAGGUGAUGCUGAGGCUGUUGCUCAAUCAUGGAUAUAAUGUGGAGAUGUGUUUUGACUGUAUGCAUCAAGAUAUCUUUGGAAAUUCUUUUGUGUGGUCAACUCCAGAGGAAGAGAUUCUCCCUGGGUGGACUUCUUCUGUAGUAAAGGAUAAUCCAUUCUGUGACUUUAUUGCUGUUCCCUGGUUGAAACAUUUAGCAGGAAAAGUGGUUCGUGUUUUUAUAGAUUACAUGGAUUACGUUCCUCUAUGCACAAAAAUUAAGUUUGUAUUAGAAACACAGAAAGAAUGGACGGAGAUACGUCAGAUAUUGGAUAACCCUCGCCCAUUGAAACAUCUGUGUCGCCUGAAAAUACGUAAACUCUUGGGGUUAAGGAGACUCCAGAAAUUGUCAUCCAUGAAGAAGUUUCCACUUCCUCCAGUUCUCAAGAACUAUAUCCUAUAUAAAGAAUAUGAUCUGUAUGGAAAAGGGAUACAUUUAGAAUAGUUUUUUAAAAUAACUGUAUACAAUCUAUAAUUUGACUCAUUUCUUCAGUAUUUUUUGCUAGCUAAAGAGCUGCUUGGUGUUUCAGAUACAUUCACAACAUUCUGAUAUUUGUCAAUAGUUGUUUUAUGGGAACAAAUUUUUCUUCAAAACUAGCACACUAAAGCUCAUGUUUUAGCACAUCAUUGUACUAUCUGAAUAUAGACUAAAAUCAGAAUAAGGACGCUAUAAUAGUUAUGUAGAACAGUACACUCUAAAUGGGAAUUCAGAUGAAUAAAGGAUAAAAGAAUUUUCAUGAUGGACUUGCCAAUUAAGAUGAAAAAUACAAUUGCUGCUCUAAGUUUGUGGCAUUAGUUUAUCUAUAAAAGAUAGUAAAUCUCUAAUUUAGCCUGGCAAAGAAGGUUAAACCAUUAACUGCACAUCUCUGUCACGUCAUUGGCCUGAAAUGUAACACAUCAUGGUCCUAUUAUAAAAUUCUCCAAACACUUAAAAGAUCCUUUUAAGCUAUGUUUGCUCCCGGAUAUGACUGCUGUGUGUGCCAGUACUGCAUGUUUCAAGGCUUGGCAAAAUU